ACUUCUUCUUGUGUAUGUGUUUUGUGUCUUGAGCUUUCUCCCAUCUAUGGAUGGUUGAUGUUGAUGCAAUGCAAAGAAUAAAGACAAAAUUGUGACAAAAUUGAUGAGUUUGAAUCGGGUUAGAAUGCGGUCUUAAAAUUAAAAUAUCAAUCUUGUCUCGAUAAAAGUGAUAUUACAUUUGCAGUUUAAAAAAAUCGAUUCUGAAUAAAAUGAGUAAAAAUUAGCCUCGUCCGUAUAGUCUUCUUAAUAACAUUUAUAGACUUCUUGAAAUUCAGAAAAGGAGAAAGCACCAUGAUUUUCGAGAAAGAAUACCUGAAAAAGGACCAUUUAGAUGGAUUUGAUCACUAUAAGUAUAACAGUAAGGAUACGGGUUUGCUUAGCAUAUAUGUUAUGCACCCAUUCUGGAAUUGGGUAGUACAGUACUGUCCAAAAAAUAUUGCACCAAAUUUACUGACGUUUAGUGGAUUCUUAUGUACUUGCUUCAUGUAUGUUAUGUUUGCUGCAAUAGAUUAUAGUUUUUUGACAUCAGAUCCUGAUGUACCAGAAGUAAAUCCUUUGCCAAGAUGGACAUGGUAUUUUGCUGGUAUAUUAUUAUUUCUUGCUUAUACCUUAGAUGGAAUAGAUGGUAAACAAGCGAGAAGGACUGGUACCAGUGGCCCACUGGGUGAGUUGUUCGACCAUGGUCUUGAUUCCUACACUGCAGGACUCAUUCCAGUCGCUAUGUACUCAAUUUUCAGUAGGAGUGCACGUUACAGCAUUCCCCCUUUCAGGAUGUUUUUCCUUAUGUGGAACAUUCUGAUUAAUUUCUACCUAUCACAUUUCGAAAAGUACAAUACUGGAGUACUAUUCUUACCAUGGGGGUACGAUUUUACCAUGUGGGGUACAAUUAUCACUUUCCUUUUAACAGGGAUUUUUGGACACGAACUGUGGUACUAUGUGUUUCCAGGUGGCAUAACUAAUGGAAUCUGUGUAGAACUGAUACUAUACAUUUCAGCCCUAAUAUCAAAUGUACCCAUUGUAGCUUACAACAUUUACAGAUCAUAUAAAGAUAAAACUGGCUAUAUGAGAUCGUUCCCUGAAGCCGUCAGGCCACUAAUACCUUUACUUCUGUUCUUUGGCAUUACAUUUCUAUGGAUUUUGGAAAGUCCCUCCAAUGUGGUUACCAAGGACCCUAGAGCUUUGUUUUUCCUUAUGGGAACGAUAUUUUCAAACAUAUCGUGCCGUAUCAUAGUAGCUCAAAUGAGCAGUACAAGAUGUGAUUGGUUUAAUUGGAUGUUGCUGCCUACCUUACUGGUUGUGUUGAUAUCGGGGGCUACUCAGUGGGCAGCAUUGGAGAUGUUCCUUUUGUAUGUUCUAUGUAUUGCUACAUCAAUUGCCCAUAUCCAUUAUGGCACCUGUGUUGUGAGACAGAUGUGUAGGCAUUUCAAAAUCAACUGUUUUUCGAUAAAGAAACCCUCAGAUUGACUAGUUGCUGACAGCGCAUGAUCAGGUUCAAGAUCAAGUGUUGUCCCUCGGAAAAUCCCAUUUUUAUGAUUCGCUUCAACUUCUUUUGGUCUUAUUAAUUAUGAGAGCAACAGUAUGUAUAUAUUUUUUGUACAUUUUUUUUUAUAUAAAGGGUUUUUUCUUAGUAAAUUUACUGAGUAUCUUACAAUAUUUUUUUGUAAUUUAUUCUAAAUAUUACAAAUAGUAUUUGUGAUAAAAAGAAUGUUAUUCCAAAGCUACACAAGGCUAUCAGUAAUAUCUUACUAGGAAAAAAGUCAAUAAUAUUUUUAAGUACUAACAAUAAUUUGCCAGAAAUAUUACUAACCCUUGUUUUACAUUUUUAUUUAGCUACUUUUGUAUAAAUAAUCUUGAUUGCUGUAUUUUCCUCCCUGUUAGUUUCUAUAUCCAGUCCUUAAAAUGGUCAUAUGUGUAAUUACCAAAGAUUAGUUUUAUUUUAGUGAUAUUUUUUUGGGGUAGAUUUUUGAGGGACUGACUUUAUCUAGUACCUUUGAAAAUUAUAUGGAAUGAAGUUAUAUAAUAAUUUUUACAUACUUCUGAUUUUUUACUGUGUAUCUUUUUGUUUAUUCUCUUUUUAAGAAAAUAUACAAACAGUAUUUCAUAAUGUAAGCAAUUUAUAUACAAAAACGCAUUUAUAUUUUAUUGCCUCAAUGGCCUAAAAUAUCAAGAAUUAAUUCUUUACUUCUUGGUUGCCAUAAAACUACAAGUUUCCAUAAUUGACAUUACAAAUCACAGUAAUGGGCAUCCAUGUUAUUCAUUCAGGUUGAUUUUUUACUUUAUAUUAUAAUAUCAGUUAUUAUGUACUAAGUUAUUGUGAUACGGAAUAAAAACAUUGAAAAAUUAAA